AUCUUUAAAUAGGCAAAAUCCUAAAUGAAUCGCACUACUACGCUCUCUUCAGUUGCAGAGACGAGAAAUUCCCAUUAUCCCAUUCUUAACCAAAACAAUGGGCAAUUCCAACUGUUUGUUCGUCGACCAAAAACCCAUCAGAAUCAUGAAGACCGACGGCAAGAUCCUCGAAUACAAAUCCCCAACCAGAGUCUUCCAAGUUCUCUCCGAUUUCUCCGGCCACCAAAUCUCCGACGCCGUUCCAGUGUCCCAGCAUCUCCACCCAACAGCCAAGCUCCUCGCCGGCCACCUCUACUUUCUGAUCCCCACCGAGGCGGCGGAGAAAAAGCCGAAGAAGACGGUUCGGUUCGCGGAUUCGGAGAAGGAAGAAAGCGGCGAGAACGGCGGGGGGACGGGGCGGGUGGUUAGAAUAAAGUUGGUUAUGACGAAGAAGGAGCUGCAGGAGAUGGUGGAAAGAGGGGGGAUUUCGGGAGAUGAAAUGGUUUGUAAGAUAAAAAGUGGAAGUGGGGAAAUUAGUUGCACAGAAUUGGAGGAAGCUGAGGAACAGAGAUGGAAGCCUGCUCUUCAAAGCAUACCGGAAAGUGAAGUUGCUUGCUAGCUAACUCCUUCCUUUUUUUCUUUUUCUUUUUUUAGUUUAAGAUAUACAAACAAAGUGAAAGACACACUUUAAACAUAAUGAGAAAACACUGAAGUUUUUGCCA